GUACUCCAUACCUAUCCAUACCAAUAUCCAUAUUUAUCCAAACGAGCUAGACUAAUCCAGCUCCCCUCUCUAGUAUCUGCAAGGAAGAUCAAAGAUCAGCUCCCCCGUCAAAUCGGUCAAGUAUUCUCAACAGAAUGAGAAAGUUUAUUGGAUAAAGCCUCAAAACCAGGAACAGAUGCGUGAAUAUCCGAAGCGUGUGAUUAACAUGUUUUCGAGGAGACUUGUGGGGAUAUGGGUCAUUUACAAUGCAUUCUUUGGAUUGACAAUUCACUGCAGGUACCACGGAAUAUAUUAAGCUUCCAGAACCUCGAAUCCAAUGCCUUUUUUUUACUUCUUUCUCUACCUCUUCUAAAGCUUCCCUUACGCUCUUCCUUCCUCCUCUCGAGUAAUCGAUAGACAACCGAGUCUUCUUAUUCCAAGAUUCUGUCUCUUGUGCUUCUCUCUCCUACCCAUCCCCGCUACUCCCCGCAGAACCUCCACAAGUCCCCCGAUAGAUCAUAUCAUACCCUCUCGACAACAUGCGUACUUCUGCUCUUCUUAGCCUUUUGGCUGGUGUAGGAUCUGUGGCUGCCGCUGCAACCACUAAACCAUAUGGACUCCCAAAAACUAAAUUAGACAAGAAGGAUAUCCAUUUCAGUGUCCAGGCUGAUGGUUUGGAUGUUAAGUUGGAUAUCACCAAUACGACAGCUAGUGUGGUCAAACCUAAGGUUUUCAUCAUUUCUAUGUUCUCGCCCGAAGCAGACAUUUGGUAUGAGAACUCCUUCACCCCAGGCUCAAUCGGAAAUCUCCUCGCGAAAAACAUCACCGUGCCCGGAUUCUCCCCUAUCUUCCCACAAGCCCAUUGUCUUGCCGAUGGAUCCGUGUGUCAACUCACCACUGGUGAAUCUGAAAUCAACGCAGCUUCAACCAUCACCGCUUUGACUCUCUCCCCCGCUUUCGAUCUCUCUUCGACUUAUUUCCUUGUUGGUGGAAUUGCUGGUAUCAACCCAAAGCACGGUAGCAUUGGUGAUGUUGCAUUUUCAAAAUACACUAUCCAAGUUGCUCUUCAAUAUGAAUUCGACGCAAGAGAAAAGCCUGAUAACUUCACCACCGGAUAUUUCCCCCAAGGCUCCUAUGCUCCAGAUCAAUACCCUGGUAACAUCUACGGAACCGAGGUAUUCGAAGUCAACGAACCACUCCGUGAUUUGGCCGUGGGAUUCGCAAAGAAGGCAUCUUUGAACGAUUCAUCCGUGUCCAUUGCCUACCGUGCAUUGUACGCAACCGACAACUCCUCCGCAGCUGUCAACAAAUAUCAAGCAGCAACCCACGCUCCUACUGUCAUCACGUGUGACACCGCAACUUCCGAUGUAUACUACUCUGGUACACUCCUCGGAGAAGCUUUCGAAAACACCACAACAUUGCUCACCAACGGCUCGGGAGUUUACUGCAUGACCGCCCAAGAAGAUAACGCCACCCUUUCCGCUCUUUUGCGUGCUGCUCUCUUCAAGAUCGUCGAUUUCUCCCGUAUUAUCAUUAUGCGUACAGCCUCUGAUUUCGACCGUCCAUACCCAGGUGCCUCUGUCGAGUUCAACCUCUUGUACUCCAAUCAAGGUGCUUUUGAACCAGCUGUUGAGAACAUCUAUCUCGCUGGUACUGAAGUUAUCAAGGGACUUCUUGAUGGCUGGAACUCAACUUUCGCUGAAGGUGUAACUCCCACGAACUACAUCGGAGACAUCUUCGGUAGCUUGGGAGGCGAGCCUGAUUUCGGACCAGGAAGUGAGUUCGGUGGUGAGGAAGUCGAUCCCAACAACGAGGUUAUCAAUGUUAAGAGAGAUGGACAGAAGAAGCCCAAGUCCAGAAGAGAGAUGAAGGGAAAGAAGGGAUUGAUGAGACGUAUUUAA